AUGGGAGGAGACAAGAUUGUUCAUGUGACCCAAAUGCAUGGAAACAGGGAAGCUGACGUUCGGAUCCAGUCUCUACCAGCUGUGGCCAGUGGUUCUCUGCAGACAGUUCUUCAACUCAAACUGGGACCAGUCUCCUUCAUCCCAAGACUCCUUCGGUCCCCAGUGAACUGCAGACAGCACGUGAGUCGUGCUCUGCAGGAGGUUUUUGAAGAACAUAAGCUCAGUCUGAGGAGGAGGUAUGAAUGCGUGACUGAAGGAACUGAUGAAACAGGAAGUGGAUGCCUCCUCAGCAGGAUCUACACCGAGCUCCUCAUCACAGUGGAACACAGCGAAGAUGUUAAUACCCAACAUGAGAUGAGGCAGAUUGAGACAGAUUCCAAGACCAUCCACGACACUCCGAUCAAGUGUCAUGACAUCUUUAAAGUCCAGCCUGACCAAGAGAGACGCAUCAGAGUCGUUCUAAUGAACGGCAUUGCUGGCAUUGGGAAAACCCUCUCAGUGCAGAAGUUUGCUCUGGACUGGGCGGAGGGCUUGGAAAACAAAGAAGUCACUCUGGUGGUUCCACUUUCGUUCAGAGAGUUGAACUUGAUCAGAGAUGAUCAGUACAGUCUUCUCAUGCUUCUCCAUGUUUUCCACCCAGCAUUGCAGAAGGUCACAGCAGAGCAGCUCGCUGUCUGUAAACCUUUGUUCAUCUUUGACGGUCUGGAAGAAAGCAAAUUCUCACUGGAUUUCCACAACAAUGAGGUUGUGUCUGAUGUCACACAGAAGUCAUCAGUCAACAUGCUGUUGACCAACCUUAUCAAAGGGGAUCUGCUUCCCUCGGCUCAGGUCUGGAUAACUUCCAGACCUGCAGCAGCCAAUCAGAUCCCUCCUACAUGUGUUGACAGGCUAACUGAAGUGCAAGGCUUUACUGAUGCCAAGAAAGAGGAGUACUUCAGGAGACGAUUUAGUGAUGAACAGACGUCCAGCAGUAUCAUCUCACAAGUCAAGGCAUCUAAGAGCCUCAACAUCAUGUGUCUAACCCCACUCUUCUGCUGGAUCACUGCCACAGUUCUGGAGAACAUGCUGGCUACAGACCAGAGAGGAGAGCUGCCCAAGACUGCGACUGACCUGUACUCACAAUUCCUUCUCGUUCAGACAAAGAGGAAGAAGCAGAAGUAUGAUGAGGGACGUGAGAGGGGUCAACAGGAGCUGACGAAGGUUGACAAGGAAGUUCUUCUGAAGCUGGGGAGGCUGGCGUUUGAACACCUGGAAAAAGUAAACAUGAUGUUCUACAAAGAAGACCUGGAGCAGUUUGGUCUUGAUGUCACAGAGGCCUUGGUGGACUCGGGGAUUUGUACAGAGAUCUUCAAAAGAGAGUGUCUGAUCUUCCAGAAACCAGUCUAUUGCUUUGUCCAUCAGAGCAUUCAGGAGUUUAUGGCUGCAGUCUACAUGUUCCACUGUUACACAAAUGGAAACACAACAACGCUGAAGGAUUUCUUGCAAGAUUUGGAUGAUGAUAAUAAUGACAAGGACAAUGACCAUUAUUUAUCCCUGGAUAACUUCCUGUAUAGCAACUUGGAGAAGUCACUAAAAAGCAAAAAUGGCCACUUGGACCUAUUUGUUCGCUUCCUUUAUGGUCUUUCUCUAAAGUCCAGCCAGAAGCUCUUAGAAGGCCUUCUGGGUCAGACAGAGGAGAGUCCAGAAAUCAUCCAGAGAGCUACUAACAACCUAAAAAACAAGAAGUUAAGCACUUCUCCUGACAGAAGCAUCAACAUCUUCCACUGUCUGAUGGAGAUGAAUGACCACUCAGUUCAUGUGGGGAUCCAAGAGUUUCUGAAGUCAGAGAACAGAUCAGAGAAGGAACUCUCCAAGAUCCACUGCUCAGUUCUAGCCAACAUGCUGCAGAUGUCAGAGGAGGUUCUGGAUGAGUUCCUCCUACACGAGUGCAACACAACAUUGGAGGGACGAUGGAGACUGAUUCCAGCAGUGAAGAACUGCAGAAAGGCUGUACUUGGCUGUGAGCUGUCAGAGACACAUUAUGAAAUUGUUGCCUCAGCUCUGAAGUCCAACCCCUCCCACCUGAGAGAGCUGGACCUGAUUAACGACAAGCUGCAGGGCUCAGAAUUGAAGCUGUUGUCAGGUGGACUGGAGAGUCCGAACUGUAAACUUGAGACUCUGAGAGUGGCUUUCUGCAGUGUGUCAGAGAUCUGCUGUUCUCUGGCCUCAGCUCUGAAGUCCAACCCAUCCCAUCUGAGAGAGCUGGACCUGUCUCACAACAUGCUGCAGGACUCAGAAGUGAAGCUGUUGUCAGUUGGACUGGAGAGUCCAAACUGUAAACUUGAGACUCUGAGACUUUGUGGCUGUCAGCUGUCAGAGACUCAUUGUGAAAUCAUUGCCUCAGCUCUGAAGUCCAAUCCCUCCCAUCUGAGAGUGCUGGACCUGAGUAACAACGACCUGCUGGAUUCAGGAGUAAAGCAGCUGUGUGGUUUUCUGGAGAGUCCUCACUGCAGGCUUGAGACACUAAUAUUUCAAAACUGUGAAUUUACGGAGAUCGGCUGUGCUUCUCUGGGCUGUGCUCUGAUGUCCAACCCCUCCCAUAUGAGAGAGCUGGUCCUAUGUAUUAACGAGCUGCAGGAUUCAGGAGUGAAGCUGCUUUGUGAUUUUCUGUCAAGUCCAUACUGUAGACUGGAGAAAUUGUGGUUGACUCGUUGCAGUUUGUCAGAGAUCUGCUGUGCUCCUCUGGCCUCAGCGCUCAAGUCCAACCAAUCCCAUCUGAAGGAGCUGGAUCUGAGUGACAAUGACCUGCAGGAUUCAGGAGUGGAGAUAUUGUGUGGUUUCCUGGAGAGUCCACACUGUCAACUGGAGAGACUGAGAUUGUGGCACUCCUGUAUAUCAGCGAACGGCUGUGCUUCUUUGGCCUUUGCAUUGAAGUCCAACCCCUCCCAUCUGAGAGAGCUGCUGCUGAAUAACAACACAAUGCAAGAUUCAGGAGUGGAGCAGCUUUGUGAUUUUCUGGAGAGUCCAGGCUGCAGACUGGAAACUCUUGAACUGUGCUCUUGCAGUUUGUCAGAGAUCAGCUGUGCUUUUCUGGCAUCAGCUUUGAAGUCCAACCCCUCCCAUCUGAAGAACCUGGACCUGAGUUAUAAUGACCUACCGGAUGCAGGCGUGAAGCUGCUGUGUGGUUUUCUGGAGAGUCCACACUGUCGACUAGAGACUCUUAGACUGAUGUAUUGUAGUUUGUCAGAGAUCUGCUAUGCCCACCUGGCCUCAGCUCUGAAGACCAACCCCUCCUGUCUGGCAGACCUGGACCUGAGUGGAAACGUCAUCCUGAACUCUGAAGUAAAGCUGCUGCAGGACCAUGUGGAGAAUCCAAUCUGUAGACUCCAGAAUCUGAGGUGGGAUCCAUGUCAGUAUGUGAUUGAAUAAACAGGACGCCAUGGCUGUGUGGAGAAAGGAUCAGUUGUUUUGCUGAUGAUGCAGAGAGCUUGAAACAGCAGCAUCAGCUCGUCAGUGAUGCAGUCUUAAGUGUCUUAAGACACAAUGUCCACCAUCAUGCCCUUGUGUUUCUGUACGUAUGACAGGGUGUGAUCAGCAUAUCUGGAUUGCUACACUGCUGCUCUUUCCUACACAGUCUCAUCGAACACAUUUACAUUUCCAAUUUUUACCUGAUAUUAUCACAUUGCCUUUUUGCGAUUUACCUCAUGGAGAAAUAAAAGCAUGGACACUGAAAAUCUGGAGGGACUUCAGGCCAUCUUUCUACGUUAAACAACAUAUUUGAUGAACUUUGAACACAACAUUUUUGAUCUUCCCAUCCCAAGCGUGAUGGCAGAGGAACAAUAGCUGUCAUGUGAUUGCCCGACCAAACAAUCCAAGUCAUCAGACUAAGAAGAGCACUGCUUCAUUAUCUGGCUGCGACUUGGGAUGCCCUACUGCUAGACGUGCAGGCAGGAAAUGAAGGGGUCGAGGCAAGGGGUGUAUCAGGAUCAUGCCUCCUCCACUCCUUUAUAGUUCAUUCAAUCACCUCCUCCUCCUGAAAUCUGUCUUAUUUUUAUUAAGGCUUUUUAAAUGUAUUAAGAUAUUCUGGACCAAAGAUGCUUCUGCAGUGUAGCUCUGUUUAUGACAACAUAACACCAUGAUAACACUAAUUAAAAUGAUUUGUCUAUUAUGCUCUCUACUGCAGCUCCACCUUGUGGAAUGACAGAGAAUUUCAGUCAUUUUCCACAUUUUUUUUUUUUUUUUUAA